AUGUCGACGACAAACCCAGAAAUCCGGGAAACAGAGUGGGACGCCUUGCAGCGGAAGUUCGGAAACCUGCCGAAGCUGCCAGAUGUCGUGACAGAGGAGCAGCUGACUCGAGAGGUCGUUGACGCGGCUGAGAAGGUGGACACGCUUGCGAGCAAAAGCCUCAGAGAACUGGAUGCGCUAGAAGAUGAAGUAGAGGAAGACGUCCUCGAGAAGUAUCGGCGCAAGAGACUGGAGGAAAUCCAAAGGAAGCAGAAACUCGAAAGGAAGGCGAAGAAAAGUGGAACAUGGGUCGUGGUGCACCUCUACCAGAACGCGAUACCGGCGUGCAAAGCUCUCAACGAAAUUCUUCCGCAGCUCGCUCAGCGACACCGCGAGAUCAAAUUCAUGAAAGGCAUCGCCACUGACAUUAUCCCAAACUACCCCGACUCGAAGGUUCCAACGCUGCUUCUCUACUUUGGGGGAACGUGCCGCGCCCAGGUCGUCGGACUGCAGAAAGAGUGGGCAGAAGAAGGAGACGCCACACGGAAACUCGCCACGCUUCAAGGACUCGAAAGAUUCCUGGCCAAAUACGGCGUUCUGAACAGCGGAGACACUGGCUGCCGGGAUGAGAGCGACGGAGACAGCUCGGAGGAGGAGAGCAGGCGAGGCGCACGUCACCUGCGCAUCUCGUAUGGCCAGUCGGGAGGGAAAAGUCGAGCGAGAGAUGACGAAAGCGACGAAGAAAAGGAGAGAACAAGAAACAAAGGGUACUCGUCUGUGGGCUUCGAUAACAAAAUUCAACGAGGUUACUGA